AUCGAUAGCUGACAAUCACAAAUUGACUUUUCCUCUACGUAAGCGUGGUUGUGUUCGCCUGCUGCUUGUGAAAAUUUUUUGUGUGUACCUAGCGACGCAAUUAAUACAUAAGUUGGCAAAGAAAAACUCAAAUAAAAGUUAGCAAACGCUAUCUAAAGCUAUCUAUAAUCUAAUUAUAUAUAUACAAAUAACAAUAUGCCACGCUAUCGUGAAUGGGAUUUAGCCUGCAAAGUCUACGUUGGCAAUUUGGGCUCAUCGGCCUCCAAAUAUGAGAUUGAGAACGCCUUCAGCAAAUAUGGACCCCUGAGAAAUGUGUGGGUUGCCCGCAAUCCGCCGGGCUUUGCAUUUGUCGAGUUCGAGGAUCGUCGCGAUGCGGAGGACGCGACCCGUGGACUGGACGGCACCAGAUGCUGUGGCACACGCAUACGGGUUGAAAUGUCCUCCGGCCGUUCACGCGAAGGUCGCGGCGGUGGCGGUGGAGGAGGAGGUGGCGGCGGUGGAGGAGGAGGCGGCCGUCGUGGUGGUCGUAGCGGCAGCGGUGGGGGAGGAGGCGGCGCUGCUCGCGCUGGUGAUGCUGGCGGUCGUUAUAGGAUAAAGUCUACUUCUACUACAAGCACAACAAGAACAACAACAACAACAGCUACUACUACUACUACUAGAACUUCUACUACUCCUCCUCUUCCUUCAACAAGUACAACUACUACAACAACAAGAACAACUUCACGUCUCAUAACUACAACAACAACAACAGCUCCUGCUCCUCCUAUUACACACAUUUCACCACCACAACCACCAACAACAACAACACAACCAACAAAAACAACAACAACAACAAAAUUCUGCGGCUUUAUGAUAAUUGCCAACUUCAACAAAUACGAUAUAUUUCGUUGACAACAACACCAACAGCAACAGCAAUUAGAACAAGAGCAUAUGCUACUCUCCCCUCUCUUGCUUACAGCAGCAGCAUAUGUAUGUAACAUAUGUUAAUCAACAGAGGGUUAACAGUCCGAGUCAUCUAUCAGUCGACUGCAGCAACGAGCAUCAAACAAGCAACACUGCACAACACACACACUCACUCUCUCUCUCUUUCUAUCUCAUAUUCAUUCUCACACACACACACCAUCACAAUUACCGAAUGCGACAGGCCAGCAAAGUGCAACCGUGUGAGCAGUCAGUCAAUCAAUCAAUCAACACUCGACCAACAACAACCACAACAAUCUUCAUACUUCAUCAUAGCUUCUAAUUUUCGUACAACCAAGAACAACAACCAUUUGCUCUCACAUAUUAACAAGAACCACAACAACAACAACAACAACACUAUCAACACCAAACAACCAACAACAACAAACCAACAACAACAACCAACCAACCAACAACAACAAGCAAGUGCAACUACUGACCCAGCAAAUGCAAGCAAUCAAAUCUAACUCCAAUUACACCAACCAAGCAACCAAUCAAUCAGCCAAUCAAUCAAUCAAUCAACCAGUCAACGCUUCCAACAGCCUACUACUACUACUACUACAACUCUAGACAACUUUAAGACAACUUGCAGUCUUCAGUCUUCUUCAACAGUCUUCGGGUUUUCAGUCUCAACAACUCAGCUCUCCAACUGCUUCUUCCGUCCCUCAAAUAUAUAUGCAUAUAUAUAUCUGUAUAUAUAAACAUCAUCUUGUCAUCUUCAAGCAGCCUAUCACCACCAACAACUACAACAACAACAACUACUACUACAACAACAACAACAACAACAACUACAGCUACAUGCAUCAACAAAUGCAAGAAAGCAAUAAAGUUUUCAACUUUGCUUUUUUGUUUUGUUUCUAUUUUGUUUUUUUUUUUUUUUUAACUUUUGUUGUUGCUCUAGCUCUAGAUAUAUCAUCUCAGUCUUGCACCAACAACAACAAGACCAACAACAACACCAUAACCACCACCACAACUAUAACUACCAACUCCUUUCUUCUCCCCGGGUGUGGCCCCUAUAACAGUUAAUGAUUAGUAAAGCAUCAAACUUCAUCAACGAAAAAAAAAAAUAAAAAAAAAAAAA